AUGGCAGUCUCCUUCCAUGUUCGCUCUAACAGUUACCCUUCAAGACAACACCCUCAAGCCGUUCAUGUGGAUGAGCAGUUGACAAGGCUGAGAUCUUCUGAAGCAGCUUCAAGUUCUUCUAUUUGCCAAACACUUAGCAACCUUCAAGAUUUACAUGAUUCUCUUGAAAAGAUGAUUCGCCUAUCUAUCACCAACCAGGCUUUAUCUCAAGAACAAAUUGAGAAGCUUCUUGAUGGAUCCCUCAAGAUCUUAGAUCUAUGCAAUGUUUCCAACGACGCUUUGUCACAUAUGAAAGAAGUUCUCAUGGAGAUCCAAUCAAUUCUACGAAGAAAACGUGGAGAUCUGUCAAGCGAGGUCAAGAAAUACUUAUCCUCAAGAAAGACUCUGAAGAAAUCAUUCCAAAAAGUAGUCAAGAGUUUAAAAGUCUGCCAAAACAAAGAGUCAUUAGAUGUAUUUGGAGAAGCAGAAGCUGUAACAAUUGCUCUGUUUCAGUCUCUGUUUAGCAUCAUGUCUGGAUCAAAGGGUUGUGCCAAAUGGUCUUUGGUCACAAAGCUGAUGAACCAGAACAGAGUUCCAUUUGAAGGAGAAGCAAAUGAAUUCACAGUGGUGAAUCUGAAGUUUCAAUCUGAAAAAUCAUUAAAGAUUGAGGAUGUGCAGAUAUUAGAGUCAUGUAUUCAAGAUCUUGAAGAUGGACUUGAAUCACUCUCAAAGUCUUUGAUCAAAUAUAGAGUUUCAAUUCUUAACAUCCUCUAG